AUGAAUUUUGCAGUCAAAGUGAUCGCAGUGAUCGUGUUUAACUAUUGUUCAACUGUGUUAAGUGAGACUGCUGGUGAAACUUUUGUUUGCCCAGAAAUCGGCGGUAACGGAAAUUAUGCUGAUCCCGCAACAUGCCGUAGAUUUUAUCAGUGUGUAGAUAACUUCCCAUAUUUAAACCGUUGUCCUGCCGGUUUGUACUUUGAUGAUGUAAACAAGUUAUGUACGUUUAAAAGUGAAGCCCGUUGUGGUCCUCUUCCAACUACUGAAGCCCCAAGUACAGAGAACCCAAUUGAUUUAGCUCAAAAAUGUGAUACAAGUCAAUGUGUAUUACCUUACUGUUUUUGUUCAAGAGACGGAACCUUAAUACCAGGUGGUUUAGAUCCAAAAGAGACUCCUCAAAUAAUACUGUUAACAUUCGAUGGAGCAGUAAACCAAAAUAAUUAUGAUCAUUAUCAGAAAGUAUUUUCCCAUAAUAAAAAAAACCCUAAUGGCUGUCUAAUAAAAGGAACAUUCUUUAUAUCUCAUGAGUAUUGUGAUUAUAACAUGGUACAAGAGCUUGCACAUAAAGGCCAUGAGAUUGCUGUUGAAACUGUUUCCCUACAAAAAGGUCUACAUGACAAAGGAUAUGAAGAAUGGGUAGCUGAAAUGAUUGGAAUGAGAGAAAUUCUCGUAAAUUUCGCAAAUUUAACCAAAGGCGAUAUUGUUGGAAUGAGAGCUCCAUUCUUAAAACCUGGUAGAAACACACAAUACGAGGUAAUUGAAGAUUAUGGAUUCGUUUAUGAUAGUUCAAUCGGUAUACCUCCAUCUAAGGUACCAAUAUGGCCAUACUCCCUUGACUAUAGAAUUCCACACGAAUGCAAGUCUGGGACAUGUCCAACCAAAUCAUUUAAAGGUACAUGGGAAGUUCCUUUGAAUGCUCAUUAUGUGGAAACAUACGAAGGUGGUCAUUGUCCAUACUUAGAUCAAUGUGUGUUGCAUAGUCAUGAUGCAACCGAAGUAUUCGAAUGGCUUCGUGAAGACUUCAACCGGUACUAUAAUCAAAAUCGGGCGCCAUACAUGAUGCCAUUCCAUACCAACUGGUUCCAAAUAAAAGAACUAGAAGAAGGACUACAUAAGUUCAUUGACUGGGCAAAUAAACAACCAGAUGUAUGGUUCGUUACAACUACUCAAGCAUUAACAUGGAUGACUGAUCCAAAGACCACCAAGGAUUUAAAUGGAUUUGAACCAUGGAUGUGCGAUAAAACCGAUCAGUUACCCUCACCACCUUGUAAUCUGCCAAACAAAUGUCCACUUUCAUUUAAGCAUCCAGAAACUAAUGUAUCAGGGACAAGAUAUUUAUCUACGUGUAAGGAGUGCCCUAAAAAAUACCCAUGGCUUGGAGACUCCAAAGGAACUGGUGUUGCUGGAGCAGAUGUUUAUUCUCCAGAAAAUUUAAAAUAAUUACAUUAUUAUAUUUAAAUAUAUAAACCAAAAAUAUUUAUUAUUUUAUUUUUA